UGGUGUCUUUCACAAACUCAAUAUUUCUCGUCCCUUCCACUUGAUCGCGUUUGUUGUUCUGCGAUGUUCACGACAGCAAUUCGCCGCAUGAGUUUUCUUCCACGACUAGUGGAUGAGGGCAGAACACAUAUACAGUUGCGAGAGCUACCGCGUUCAGCUCUCCUCACUGACUUGCGCAGACUAUGCAUUCGCAACCAACUUCUAGGUGUAACGGAUGUUGCCAUCGACUAUCACCGCUUCCUCCCUACAGGACGCGCAUACCUCACCCUCGCUCAUACAGACAACUUGCACAAGAACCUGCAAGCACUCGACAAGGCAUCUGUGGGAAGUCUGCCGAUACGCGCCGUGUCAGCCCCUCCCCCACGAUUCAGCCAUGGACGGUUGUACAAGACCGAAACGCAACGCAAGGUUUUCGCUGGCAAUGGUCCUCAUGGCGGGAUUCUCUCUCGUAUGAAGCAUGUCGUUGUCUGGGGCCUUCCAGGAAAGAUAUCCGGAGAAGCUGUUGAAAAUUACUUGCGGGAUUUUCGGCUGGACAAUAUGGAUGGUAAAAGUGCGGCCGUGAAGGUCGAAUUGCCAACCAACACGUUCUCCUUAUAUUCCCGAUACUUGGUUCGGCCCACGUCGACUGCUGAAGCUCACCGUCUUGUACGGCAACUACACAUGUCAUAUUACGAGCCAGAGCAAUGGGGAAAGAGAUACCAACUACGCGCUCGUGUCGUAUACUGACUGACUUUUUGCUAAUUGGUCGGCUCAUGCAUCUCA